AUGCAGCUCAUCACUAUCCUUGGUCUUGCCGCGGCUGUUGCCGUCGCCAAGCCCACCGUCUACUUCAUCCGUCACGGCGAGAAGCCCGCUGAUGACGGCAACGGCCUCAGCGCCCAGGGCUUGCAGCGUGCCCAGUGCUUGCGCAGCGUCUUUGGUGCCAGCUCUGACUACGACAUUGGCUACAUACUAGCUCAGACCCCCAAGUCCAGUACGUACAAGGGAUAUACGCGCUCAUGGGGGACACCCUCGCACGGCAAGCGUCAGCGCCCUCUCGACACCGUCAAGCCUCUUGCUGCGGAUCUCGGCCUCAGCGUCGACACUCACUGCGACCGAGACGACCCCAAGUGCGUCAAGAAGGCUGUUCAGAACUACAAGGGUGACGGCAACAUUCUCAUUUGCUGGGAGCACAAGGCUCUGACCGACCUUGCUGAAAAGCUCGGUGCUGGUAAUGUCGAGGACUACCCCAGCGACCAUUUCGACCUCAUUUGGGUCGACGAGUACCCUUAUAGCAAGAUUAACGACAUUGAGACCGAAAACUGUCCUGGGAUCUAG